UUAGCAAAAUGCGUCACAUAUCUAAUAAACAUUUAAAACCGCUGCAAAAUUAUCCAAUUAUCGAUAACUUUCAGGUUUAACAAGUUAUCUACUGACCAUGAAACAAUUUACUUGUUUUUGUACUUCUAAGUUUCAAGUUAUUUAGUUAGCAAUAAAAAUAUACAAUGAGGCUCCAUUUCUUCAUAUUCAUUUGCGUUGUAAAUUCAGUCUUCUCGCGAUUGCCAAAUGAAGACGACAAACAUGGAAUUGGAAUUGUCCAACAUGAAGAAACACCCUGUGGUAUUGAAGCUUUAAUCUACGGCGGGGUUGGGUAUACAAACACCCGUCCAGGUCCAUUGUUUGAUGACGAGUAUCUUCCGACAUGUAGCUGCUACCAAAAUUUAUUCGAAUCUCAGAGGCAUUAUAUCUACGAGGACUUGAAACUCUAUAAAGCCUCCAGUGGAUCGGGUGGAUACGGAGAGUUCGAAGGAUUCGGCGGUGGCGAUAUUACGCUACCAGGAGUGAAUUGUAUCGAUAAUGACAGAAGACCGAUCGUUGGACCUGAACGUUCUGGAAUAACUUACCAGGUAAAUUUGAACAGAACUGUAAUGACUGUGAAGGAAAACGAGUUCUUCACGGCUGGACCUGAAGGGAACAAUAAAAAUGGAUAUAAUUAUAUUGAAUUUUCUAAAACGGUAGACGAGGACAGCACCUUUAAGUUGGGUAAAGUAUUUCUGAAAAACGGAAAGAAAUUAGUUUUCGAUUCAUCAGAUCAAGUUGACCAGGAUAGCAUGAAAGAUAUUUGUGAAAAACACACACCAAGGUCCAUUGAAGAUAAUUUGAUGAAAAUAUUGAGAGCUGGUAUUUUUAAUGACACCGAGUGUCCAAUAACGGAGGGAUCAAAUUUCACUACGCCGAAUAGUAUAGACCCGUUUUUAAUGACAUUCAAUCAAAAAAUGCAUUGCGGGUAUUACUUACUUAAUUAUCAAAUAGACACACCAGAUACUGAUGACGCGUUGGCUCUUUAUUACAUAUUUGAAAUAAAAGAGAACGAGGAUUGUAUUAAAGAUGAAAAAUGAAAUCAUUUAUAAUAUCAUUUUUAACUAAUAAUUUAUGAGAAUAAAAAAUUUGUCUUGUAGAAA